UUUAAAAAAAAAACAUAGCGCGCGAAAUAGUCUCCACCUGUCACUUCACUAUAAAAUGGCGCGCAAUUUCUUGUGACAUCACAGUUACAUUUUCGUUCUGAAACUAAGCAUCGAAAUGUUGGCUCUCCGGACAUAUUUUAUAGCCGCCUUGGCAAUGACGACGGCCGCUCAACAACAACAACAACAAUGGUCACCAUACAACACUAAUCUUCAAACAUAUUUACAACAACACGACCAACAGUUUCAACCAAGCGAAUACUCCGGUGGUUACGACUUUGGUGGCCACGAUGGAGGCAGUAGUGGUGGUCAUGACUUCGGCGAAACAUCUGGCCACGGAGACUUUGGUAACUAUGGUGGUCACGAUCUGAAGGCCCACUCGUAUCCUGUCCAUCAGCACGUCGAAGAAGAAAACCCUGAGCCGAUCAAACAUUACAAAGAGGUCGUUGUUCCUGUCCCAAAGAAUGUAGAGUUCAAAGUCCACCAGCCCAUCCUCAUACCAGUACCUCAUCCCGUUCCAAUCCAGAUACCAGUUCCUAAGGCUGUAGUUAUCCCUAUAAUAAAGGAGGUCUCUGUCCCAGUCGAGAAAUCCGUUCCGUAUCCCGUCGAAAGGGUUGUCCACGUCCCUAAAAUAAAAGAAGUUCCCUUUGAAGUAGUGAAACACAUAAUUGUUCCCGUCGAAAAGCCUGUACCAUUCAAAGUACCCGUGUACGAAACGAUCAUCCACACGAAGAAAGGAUCGCACAAGAUCCGUUGAGUUUAGCUGUAAUGUUAUUUAUUUUGUUUUACAAAAUUAUCUAUUCUUUUAAUCUAUACCUAUAAUUACUAAUAUUGUAAAUGCGUGAGUUUGUUUGUU